AUGGCGGAGCCCCCUCAAAUGGCGACGCCUGUUGCUUAUUCGACACUGAAACGGCGGCAUCCUUAUACAUCUAUCGCAUGCCGACUCGAGGUGAUUCGGCCUGUUUUAAACGGGGGUGACGUCCGAGAUCAGUCCAGCAAACCUAUAGCUUCUGCCGGAGACUAUGAUGGCAAUGAACUCACCGAGCCCCUAGUCGACAAGCCUGGAGAAGCAAUUCCACUUACCAUCGAUACAGCCAAUAUCCUUACCCCUACAUCGGCGGCCCUCGGAAUCGAUCCAUUAGGCCAAAGUCUUAUCAUUUCGGAUCCGCCAAACGACAUUCAUCCAGAUAAUGAUCUAAAGAACUAUGGAAAAUUGCCUUCUCUUGUUGAUUUAGGAGAUAGUGCCGCCAUCCUAACUGCGGAGGCGAGAACUUGCAGACUCUUUCAAUUAGGAUACGAUACUUUGUUGCGAAUGGUAACCAUAUAUGAAGAAGAAGUCGGCAUGUCAUACCCGGUAGUUGAUCUAGGGCCAUUAAGGCACUAUAUUCAUUUCAUCUACGGACCGACGAGUCUAGACGCUCGUGACGAUACUCUUGAAUCGAAUAUGCUAGGGGCAAUAGGCAGUCGCCACAGGGAGCAUUUGACGGUUAUUGUAGCGAUAGUCAUGGUUCUCCAAGGUGGAGGACAGUGUGAUACCGGGUCCCUGUGGAUAAGAGAUAUCACUUCGGCCGCAAGAUUAAGAACAAGAGGCAAGGACUUGGAUGUUCAUGAUAUUACCCUGUUCGUUUUGAUAGCAUUCUUUCAUUUCCACUCGGACUGCGAGGUCCUUGCAUGGAGAAUGGCGGGAGAAGCCGCUCGUAUGUUGCUAGAGCUGGGGUUCCACCGGUCUGAGAUGAUAAGAAAACGGUGCCCAACGAGCAGUGCACUUUCCCAAGCCGUCAGGUUGUUUUGGUCCGUGUAUAACACUGAACGACGUUUCAGCUUUGGCUCCGGUCUACCAUUUGUUCUCCGAGAUGCAGACAUUCAUCACGACCUACCAGAACCGGACGGAACCGACUUUACGUCCAUGUACCUUAAGAGUAUGAUAGCCUACACGCGCAUCGCUUCUGAUGUGUGGCGCUCAGUAAGGGGGAACGUGGAAUUGCCAGAUGCUGCAGCCGACGAGACUCGCGACCGGCUCGAUUUCCGCAUCCUCCAGUGGCGUCAGAGUCUGCCUACUGAUCUGCAGUUCUCGGGCGUCAAGGAGACGUUCAACCCGGCUGAACAUAUCAGAGGCCAUUGGCGACUACGGCUAAUGUUAUAUUUGCGAGCAAACCACAUGCGCAUUGUCAUCCACCGCAACAUUGUACACCGAAACAUGAUGCCGCCAACACAGAGUCGCAUCGUCAACCCUUCCAGUGUCAAUACGCUCAUUGAGGUCGCUCAGGAUACCAUCCGAGUGUUGGCACAGCUGUUCCGGACCUCUGACCUCUACGAAAUCCAGCAGAAAACGUACAACUUCUUCCUUGAGUCGGCAGUAGCUACACUCCUGGUUUUGUUCGCCACCCAGGAAUCUUUGUCAGGCCACCCCUGCAGCCAGGAUGUCGGGUGGGCUAUGGAUGUUGUUCGAAAGCUCGCCGUCCAUUCGAGCAUCUCAUACAAUCUUUGGCGCAAGCUCCGCAUGAUUCGGGGGAUUGAAAAAUUCAUGACGGGGCCUGAAUCGGUGAACAUGCGGGAUCCUGACGGCGAGAGUCUGGGCAGCGGAGGGACAAUCAAUCGUCAGCGGAUCAUGAGCAUCACCCAGGAGGGGGAGAUGCCAACCUCCCUGAAUGUCCAGGAAACUCGUUCCGUCCCUGAGCUAGUAGAUUUUUCGCACUUAAAGGAACACCAUCAGGUUGACUCUAUGAGCAGCUUCCCAGGCCAACUCAGCUCUGAUCCGCCGACGAAUGGUGCUUGCAUGACUGGGGAUUCACCACGGCUUGAGACUGGAACUUCGGAACGCGGUCUAUCGCAGGUUGGGCCCCAACCCGAAAGCCAUGUAGACGAGGAAAAGAAACUUGAUUAUGACGUUUGGGACCAGGAGGAGCUAUGGGAAUUCAUAUGCUCUCAUGAUCAAGAUGGUACUCUAUUCUUCUAA